GAUUCACGAGAAGCGCCCAAUGAAGGUUAAGAAUUUCGGCAUCUGGAUUCGUUACGAUUCGCGUUCCGGCACACACAACAUGUACAAGGAAUAUCGAGAAAUGUCGCGGACUGAUGCCGUCCAGUCUCUCUACCAGGAUAUGGCCGCCCGCCAUCGUGCCAGAUUCGGCUCCAUCCACAUCCUGAAAGUUGUCGAGAUCGAGAAGUCCGACCUCAUCCGACGACCAUACAUCAAGCAGCUCCUCACCAAGAAUCUCAAGUUCCCUCUCCCCCACCGCGUCCCCAAGGCAACCACCAAGAAGCUAUUUGCAGCCCAAAGACCUUCAACUUUUGCUUAGGUGGAUAUGGGGGGUUUUGUUGACGUGGAAAAUGCGGGCAGCGGGAUAUGAAUGAAUUUCGUUUAUCGCUACUUGCAUUUGUAUGCUGGACAUGUGGAUCGGUUGAAACGUAUACUACUACGUUAUCUCCAGGAUUCAGCUGUUCUUCUUUUAGUCUCUGGAGCAAAACCUUUUUUCAAUUUUAUAAUCUCUUCAAAAUUUCAUGAUAGUCCCAAUCGGUUAUUUCUUUUUGACUUCAUCGCAUGAUCGCUACAGUAGAAGCAGUAAGAACCUAGCAGUUUUCAUAAUAUAAAUGUCGGCGAUAUAAACCUUUUUUGAGUAGUUCCUAGUGCAGUUCAAAAAUAAGGUCGCCAAGGAAGACCUGGGAAUUUGUGUGGCAGAUUUUCC